UAUGAAGUAGUACUAGUAUGAAUGGACAGAGGAGAGAAUGGCGAAAAAGACGGAGAGACUUUGUCUGCUGCAGAAAGUGGCAGAAAGCCUAACAAAAGGUAAGAGGUACAAGAGAGAAAAGAAAAAACGGCAAACGGACAGCGAUAGCUCCUCGUGUACACGUACACACUAAAGUUUCAUCAUCAUAUCAUCAUCAUCAUCAUCAUCAACCUCCUCAUCAUCAUCAUCAUCAUCAUCGUGGCUUGGUAUCUGGAAAUCACCCCACCAUAACUGAUAACCCCAGCCCUUUAUCUAAAUCUUCAAACCUUGCCACUCUAAGCCCUCUGUCGCACGCACGCACUGCCUUGUCACUUUGUUGUUCUGUUCAUCUAUUCACACAAACACACACUUAAAAAUUACAGUACUUACUAGUAGCAGUCACAAAACGCAAACUUUUAGUACCUUAAAACACGAUGAUGGUUUGACUGUUUUAAUACAACUCCCUUCUACUCUUAUAGUACUACUACUAUUAGCUGUAUUUGUAGUAUUUUUUUUAUAAACUGAUGUGCAUAUAUUCAUUUCUUUAAUAAAUUCCGAAACAAAAAUAAUCCUCAUUUUUAUAUGUGAUGCCACUGCUUACUCUUUUUUCUACCUAGUAUAAAGCUUAGCAGUUACUGACAUAUUACUGCUUCCUGGGUUAAAAGCGGAUUGAAAAAGAGGAAUCCCCUAUUUUUGUUUUGGGAGUUUUUUUUUUUUUUUUUUUGUCCUUUUUGUUUUUUUAUAGUUAGUCGAGUCAAACUCAUCAACUGAGUUAUGGCUGUUGCCAAUCGUUUCUCCCGAUGGCUUCCGUCGAGACAAGGAUCAACACCACUACGGUGGAGCUGGCGGCGGCCAACCCCACCAUCCUCGUUCUUCAAAUGGAACCGAAGGAGGUGGCGCACAAGGCUUCUCGGAGUUCUCCCUAGCUGAGCUUAAAGCUGCCAAUAACUUCAGCUCCGAUUUCAUUGUCUCCGAGAGCGGAGAAGGCUCCCAAUGUGUCUACAGAGGCCGCUUACAGAAUCGCCGCUGGAUCGCUGUUAAGAAAUUUACUAAAAUGGCCUGGCCCGACCCUAAACAGUUUGCAGAGGAGGCUAAAGGUGUUGGGAAAUUGAGGCAUAAGAGGCUGGCGAAUUUGAUAGGCUACUGCAGCGACGGAGAUGAGAGGCUACUUGUAGCUGAAUUUAUGCCUAAUGAUACCCUUGCCAAGCAUCUUUUUCAUUGGGAGAACCAGACUCUUGAGUGGGCCAUGCGUUUAAGAGUAGCUUUGUAUAUUGCCGAGGCUCUGGAUUAUUGCAGUACAGAAGGUCGUCCACUGUACCAUGAUUUGAACGCAUAUAGGGUUCUCUUUGAUGAGAAUGGUGAUCCACGGCUUUCUUGUUUUGGAUUAAUGAAAAACAGCCAUGGUAAAAGUUAUAGCACAAAUCUAGCAUACACGCCUCCUGAGUAUUUGAGAAAUGGAAGGGUCACUCAAGAAAGUGUUGUUUUCAGCUUUGGAACUGUCCUUCUAGAUCUUCUAAGCGGGAAGCAUAUCCCUCCUAGUCAUGCACUAGAUAUGAUACGAGGCAAAAACAUACUUCUCUUGAUGGAUUCACAUUUGGAGGGAAACUUCUCAACUGAAGAGGCAACUGUGGUUUUUUAUCUUGCUUCUCAAUGCUUGCAAUAUGAACCAAGGGAUCGGCCAAACACCAAAGAUCUUGUCUCAACACUUGCUCCCUUGCAAAAUAAAUCUGAUGUGCCAUCACAUGUGAUGCUUGGAAUUCCCAAGCAUGAUGAAACACCAGCAACUCCACAGCACCCUCUUUCACCAAUGGGCGAUGCCUGUUCGCGUAUGGAUCUCACAGCUAUCCAUCAAAUUUUGGUAGCAACACACUAUAAAGACGAUGAGGGUACCAAUGAGUUAUCUUUCCAAGAAUGGACUCAGCAAAUGAGAGAUAUGUUGGAGGCAAGGAAACGUGGGGACUUGGCAUUCCGCGACAAAGAUUUUAGGUCUGCGAUAGAUUGUUAUUCUCAGUUCGUAGAUGUCGGCACCAUGGUCUCCCCGACCGUCUAUGCACGACGCCUUUGCUAUCUUAUGUGCGAUCAACCUGACGCAGCUCUUCGAGAUGCAAUGCAAGCGCAAUGUGUCUACCCAGAUUGGUCUACAGCAUUCUACAUGCAGGCAGUUGCCCUUGCCAAGCUCGACAUGCACAAGGAUGCGGCUGAUAUGUUGAAUGAGGCUGCUAUGCUGGAGGAAAAGAAGCAACGGGGUGGGAGAGGAUAAUUGUGCUUUCGUGUAAUAUUCUUUUAUAGCCAUGAUUCAUUCAAUUGUGUUGUUGUAACGAUUGACAGUUGCAAUGUAUCAUUUGGUUUGAGGUGUUUGCCAUAUAAAGAUGUACAAUAGAGGGGGAGAGACACUUAAAAUUGCGGUAUAUGCUCAAAAAAAUUUUAGUCAGAGUAAUUGAUAAUUUCUCAA